AUGCCCAUAGAAUCGGCCUAUCCACCGAUCACCAUCCCGCCUGUCGAUAUUUGGGACUUCCUGUUCGAACGACCUGAACGCGAAUUUCCAGAAGAUCACGUUGUCUUUGUGGAUGUCGCGGCACAGAAGCAGCAGUCCGUGCGCGAUGUUCGCGAAGCUGCCACACGUUUCGGCCAGGGCAUCUGCCAACAGUGGCAUUGGCAAAAGGGCGAUGUGCUGGCGCUGUUCAGCCCCAACAGUACAGAUAUCGCGGUCGUGACGUUUGGCACACUCUGGGCCGGCGGCGUCGUAUGUCCGUUUAACAAUCUAUACACUGUCGGCGGACUUGUGUCACAACUCAAGUCUUCGCAGGCGAAGGCCCUAGUCACCCACGUGGCAUGUCUUGAGGUGGCCCGGGAGGCUGCCUUGCUCGUGGGCCUGCCGCUCGACCGCGUCAUUCUCCUAGGACCGCGAGGCCCGAAAGAGCGAUUCAGGCACUACUCCGACGUGCAAGCCCGGGCUUCGACUGCUGAUGUACUCCUACAGAGAGUGCAGAUCGACCCGAAAGAGGACCUGGCCUUCCUGGUGUACUCUUCCGGCACCACCGGUCUGCCAAAGGGCGUGAUGCUGACACAUGAGAAUAUUGUCGCAAACCUGCUCCAGGCCGCGGUCAUGGACGCGCAGCAAAUGCACUGGAGCAAGGACAGCACGAUCGGGUUCCUGCCCAUGUACCAUAUCUAUGGCAUUGCAGUGCUCCUCCUCCAACCGGUCUUCCGAGGAGUAGGAGUCCAUAUCAUGCAAAGAUUCGAGCUGGAGCCGUUUUGCCGCCUCGUCCAACACCACAGGAUCACGUUCGCCUACGUUGUCCCGCCCGUCGUGCUGGCCCUGGCCAAGCACCCCUCGGUCGACCAAUACGACCUGACCUCCCUCCGCAUGAUGCACUCAUCCGCGGCACCGCUCACCGAUGACCUCGUCCAAAUGGUGUACAAGAGGCUGAAAGUCCCGGUCAAGCAGGGGUACGGAUUAUCAGAGGCCUCUCCCGGGGUGGCUUCCCAGCCUUGGAGUGAAUGGAACAAGACCGUCGGUUCAGCCGGGACGCUCCUCCCCUCCAUAUCUCUGAAGUGUGUAGCAGUUGAUGGAAACGAAGUACCGCCGGGAAAGACGGGCGAGAUCUGGAUUCGAGGCCCCAACGUUUUCAAGGGGUACUACAAGAACCCACGCGCAACGGCGGAAUCGAUGAGUGGCGGCUUCUACCGCACAGGCGAUGUCGGCUAUGUCGACACGGCCCACAACCUCUACAUCACGGACCGGGUCAAGGAGCUCAUCAAGUACAACGGCUUCCAAGUCGCGCCGGCUCAACUGGAAGGCCUGUUGCUCGCGCAUCCGGCCGUCGACGACGUGGCUGUCAUUGGCGUGUACAGCAGGGAGAAGGCGACGGAGUUACCCAGAGCGUAUGUCGUGGCCGCGAAGGGGUACACCGCCGGCUCUGAGCUGGAGGGAGAAAUCUCCGGGUGGUUGGAGAAAAAGGUAGCUCCACAUAAGAAGCUCCGGGGCGGGAUUCGAUUCGUGGAUGCCAUCCCAAAGAGCAGUGCGGGAAAGGUGCUCCGGAGGGCCCUGUCUGAACAGGCGAAGAAGGAGGAGUCGGCUCGACUGUAG